ACUGAACUCUUUCUGCCUCUCUGCAGGUCACUGCGCUAGCCUGCGACCGGGAAGAUGAAUGGCUGGGUUUCACACGCACUCUGCCUGUCUGUCGUCCUGCUGUCUCUGCUGAACAACGUUCUUGCUGGGAGUAGUCAGGAUCUCCAUUGUGGAGCUUGUCGGGCCCUGGUGGAUGAGCUGGAAUGGGAGAUCUCCCAGGUGGACCCCAAGAAAACCAUCCAGAUGGGGUCAUUCCGAAUCAACCCGGACGGCAGCCAGUCAGUCGUAGAGGUGCCUUACGCCAGAUCCGAAGCGCACCUGACGGAGCUGCUAGAGCGGGUCUGCGAGAAGAUGAACGAGUACGGGGAGAAGGUGGAUCCCUCCACCCACCGGAAAAGCUACGUCCGGGUGAUCUCCCACGAUGGGACCAAGAUGGACCUUUCUGGGACCAAAAUUGACGGGGACGUCACGUCCACCCUGAAGUUUGCAUGUGAGAGCAUCGCUGAGGAGUAUGAGGAUGAGCUCAUUGAAUUCUUCUCCCGCGAGACCGACCAUGUCAAGGAUCGGCUGUGCAGCAAACGGACUGAUCUGUGCGACCAUGCCCUGCACAUUCCCCAUGAUGAACUGUGAAGCACGAAGGCCUGCAUCGAACAGGACAGUCCCCUGGAGCAGAUACCUCCCCUGCCCGCUGGCAUUGCCCUGGGAACCGCGCUGGGUGUCACCUGGAAACCCAGAUCUUCCUUGGGGUGCAAAUCGGAAUAGAAUAUCCCUCUGAGGGAAAGACAUUGCCCCCCUGGGGAACACUUGAUUUCAAUUCGCUUUUAGGCUGCCACUGAAUCCUUCCUUGUUCCUUCCCCAAGAAGGUUGGCAGCUGGAGGGGCUAGAAUCUGGAUUGGACCCUUUCCUCUGCCCCCAGUCUGGAGCUUUGCCGUCUUAUUUAUUUUUGUUGUGCUUCCACCGUAACUGUCUCGGGAGGGGAGCGUCAUCUCUUGGGGAGAGGAAAGGGGACCAGUACCCAGGACUCCUGGGUUCCGUUCUAUCUCUGCCGUUGUCUCACUGUGACUUCGGGCUCCUUGCUGCUCUGGCUCAGGGCACUGCACAGAGAGCUCUGCCCCAUCAUCUGCCCGCAGGAGAUCCUUCUGGCCACCGUCAGCGGGCGCAACGGUUACAUGACGUCCAAGUGCAAGCUGGCGAAGACACGGCCACAUGGCUCUCUGGGCAGGGUGGAGGUCCAGGUUUCUGGGGGGAGCUGGGCUACUUUGAAGGGCUAGUUUUGAAAUGUCCCAGGUCUGUCUCUUGAAGACCGCUUUCCCGGCUGCAGGAGAUCUCUGGCUGAGGGCAGUCGAAUAAAACUUCUGACCACGCCGCAGUUGGAA